AUGGGAUCAACACACUCACCUGAACGUCUGAAAGCUCUGCUCGCUUGGUUCAAGUCAAACGACAUUUCCAUGGACAAGAUACGUGUUUCAAGCUCAUCUUCAUCGAAUGGUCUGGGGCUGUGUAUCAUGGCAGCAAAGGAUCUGAAGCUUGGUGAUGUUGUCUGUGAAAUCCCAAAAACAACAGUCCUAUCCUGCAAAUCAACAGCCAUUGCCCACAUACUCGAAGAACACGAAAUCGCAGGUGUUUUAGGCCUCAGUCUCUCCGUCAUGUUUGAAAUCACUCAAGGAGUGAAUUCACCAUGGCACGAAUACUUGAUGACGAUGCCAGAACGUGAGGAUAUACCGUUAUUCUGGUCUGAUACCGACUUGACGGAGCUAGCGUCAACUGAUCUCGAAAGUAAACUAGCUAAAGAUAAAAUCUUGUUAAAAGCAGACUGGACAGACAACAUUGUCCCAAUACUUGAAGCAAACCAGGACUUGUUUCCACCAACCGUGUAUAGCUACGACUUCUUCUUGAGAGCCAUGUCGCUUGUAACAUCACGUGCAUUUCAGGUCGAUGCAUAUCAUGGCGACAGUAUGGUACCGCUCGCAGAUAUAUUCAAUCAUAAGACUGCUGGAGAGCACGUACAUAUAGAGUCUGAUGCGGAUGUAUGUCUGAUCUGUGGAAGUAAUUGUGAGUGUGAGCAUGUUAUGGAGGCUCAAGAUAUGGAUGUGGAUGCAGAGUCAUUGGAUGUAGAAGAUGGAGAAGCGCCAGAACUAUUAGACGAAUCUUCAGUAAUAGGAGACGAUGACGACGAAUGGGACGAUGUCUCCUCCGAAAACAAUAAAUACGAAAGCGAAGAAGAAGACGAUAUAGGAGACACACUCCAAAUGAGGAUAAUAAAAUGCUGCUCACGAAACACCGAAGUAUUCAACACAUACGGCUCCCACAACAACACAACCCUCCUCUCGCGCUACGCCUUCACCGAACCAAACAACCCAUAUGACAUCACGUGUAUCCCAUGGCACAAUAUUAUCACCGUCUUAUCAUCCCACCUCCCACCCAAACACCUCAAACGUGUCGAAUGGUGGCAACAAGUCUGUGAAUCGCUAGCAGACAACGAUGAUGUGGAUAUCACUGAUGGUGUGCUUGUCCCGUAUUUUGAUUAUAGUGGUGGGAGAAGUGCUGCGUUGGAAGGUGCGAUACGGAUUGCGUUUGCGCCUGUGGGGUUGUACAGGCAGUUGAGGAGUGGUGGGAGUGGUGUUGAGGUGUAUUUGGGACAGUUAGGGAAUAAAGGGUGGAUUGUUAGAGAGACUAGAGAGGAGCAUGUGCAUGGUGAACAUUGUGCUCAUGAUCAUGAGCAUGAAGAUGAGGACGAAGGGGAAGAAGGAGAGGGUAAUGUAAAUGCAAAAGCAAGUGAAGAAAUGGAUGAGGAAGAAGAAAUAGACACAGACGAUAGUGAUGAAGAAGAUGAAGAAAUGCCAUCACCAACAGCAUCCGUGACCUCAUCCCUAUCUCGCCAAGUUGAAGCCAUAUCCAAAGAACUAGCUGUUAGACGACUCACACAGUAUCCAACUACAUUGGAACAAGAUAUAGCUGAAUUGGCGUCGUUGGGACCUAGCCUAUCACGCAAACGAUUCGCAUUGAUUCUACGUAUUGAGGAAAAGAAGAUACUGAAACGAGUUGUUGAUAAGAGUCUUGAUAAGUCAAAAACCCCAUAG